AUGUCUUUCAACGGAGGCUGGCAACCUCCAUGGCACAACCAAGCCAGCAAACCGGAUUCAUGGCGUCCCUACGCGAAUAAUCAAGGCGGAGGCCCGAUUCGCCAGCCACCACCACCUCAGGCUCAAAGGAGCAACGGAUGGCUUAAUGUGCUCGCCAAUCCAUAUUUUUCGAGAAAUGUUGGCGCUCAGAGCCAUGUAACCAAUUAUGAGAGAAAUCGAAUGAACGUCUUCAGUCAGCCCCAGCCAGUAGUUCAGAAGCCUCUGAUCUCCCAGGCGCCGCCGCCCGUCAACCCAAUGAGCGAAUUUGUCCGUCAAACUCUGAUGAAAAAUACCCAUGUUCCUGGACUCCGUACGGGUCUCCAAAUGCGAGAUGCUAUCAAAAAACGGGCAAAAGCUCGAGAAAUUCCGGCGGAGAAAAGAGCAAAUGUGGCAACAAUUCCAGUCCAAUUUUCAGUUUUUUCCGAGAAAAUUGAGCUUCGAUGGCAGCAGCCGACAGCGAGAAAAGACAUCAAAUUCCUCAUCACAUCCACCCACACAAAAACCAAAAAAAUGACGUCAUUCGAUCCACAGCCGUCCACUUCGAAAAAUUAUGAACUUCAAGUAACAGCUGGAGAUAUUUAUAAAAUUGAAAUUAAAUGCAUAUCAACUGAUAAAGAUUUUCUUGUUGCAAUAUGGAGCAAGGAAAUUCGGGCUGAAUUCAGCUACAGCGAGCUGAAGCGUCUUCUUCAAAAGUGCUAUCAAUUCGUGCAACGUGGAAUCCCAAAUGCCGAACCUUUAAUGCAUGAGUUUUGUGUAGUGUACAGAUGCAAACCUAAAGUCUAUUGGGAUGAGAUUCAUCAUUGUUGUAAUGAUGUUAUGCAGAAAUAUAUUAAAGACGACAAUGGUCAACCGGGAAACCUGAUAAAUGGAAAAAUCAAUGGCCUAUUCUUCUCGGCUCGCCUGCUCCCCGACCUCACACUUCCCCAGUUCUCCCCAUUUGGAAAUGUCCGAAUGGUCAUAAACUGUUUCGUUAUUCUGAAUCCAGAACGUCACAAUUUCUAUUUUGCCGAUUUUUACUGCAACAAGAACAUACACUACGUGACAGUGGUGAUUUGUUUGGUGAACUCGGAGACCGAUUUGUACUGCCGCGAGAAGCUGGUAAAGCUGAAUCCACUCUCGAAUCCGUUUGUGAAGCUCGUACCGCCGGUGGUAGAUCAAUUCGGCCAGUGGAGAUUCUAUGUUAAUUAUACACUAUGGGUAGAACUUUAUUACACAGAGGACAUACAGCUAGACAUGGGACAAUUCUCAGCGAUUAUGGCGACCGGAGCAGGAACGUCCAGGAUAGGAGGUCUACCGAACAAUAAGCAAUGCACAAUGUGCAAUUUGUAUCCGAUUGGAAAGAAGAAGCUUCCAGUGGCUCCGGUGGUGGAAGCUGCUUCAGUGAAAAAUGUAGACUCUACGAUGACUACGAUACUUCGAGAGGGUUGUGGUCAUGUGGAUUCGGAGGUGGCAGAUACCCUGGCCUAUCUGAUAGAUCGAGUUGAAGAACGGAGCCUGACGGCUCAGGAGCUCGCGGAGAAGCUUGAUCCAGAACUUGUGAAAGCUGUGGAUCAUAUGAAUAAGGCUGUGGCUCGGGAGAAGAAUGCAUCGAUGACGUCGAUAUUUAGGAAUUUGAAUGAUUUUGUUACGGGGUUUAAUAAGCGGAGAGAUGCGUUGUUUGAAGAGAUUAAGAAGUUGAAGAAUUAGGGUUUUGAAGCAGGGGAAAAUGCGAAAAAAUGC